AUGAUUGACUUUGAAGCCUGCUUUCCUUUCUUUAUUGCAUGUCUCAUACCCACCAUCUUAGUAUGGGUGUUUUCAAAAUCUACUUGUCCUAAAUCUCAUUUUCCGCCGACCCCAUUUGCCCUUCCGAUCAUUGGACAUCUCCACCUACUAUCAUCGAUCCCUCAUCAAGCUUUUCACAAGCUUUCGUAUCGAUAUGGGCCCAUAUUUCGUCUCUUUCUAGGCUCUAAACCUGGUAUUAUUGUUUGUUCACCAGAAAUAGCAAAAGAAUUCCUUAAGACACAUGAACAUAUGUGUUUAGAUAGAGCCCGAAGCUCAGCCACAGAUUACCUUAGUUACGGAAACAAAGGCUUGGUGGUUGCUCCUUAUGGAGUGUACUGGAAGUUCAUGAAAAAGAUAGUUAUGUCAAAUCUCCUAAAUGGAAGAACACUAGACAUGUUUAGUCUAGUUAGACAUAAAGAGGUAUAUAGAUUUAUAAAUUCAAUGUCAAAAAAGGCUAGAGUUGGGGAGGGUGUGAAUCUUGGCAAGGAGCUAAUGAAGUUGUCUAACAACGUGAUAUCAAUAAUGUUGAUGGGUGAUAGAUGUACAGAUGAUAAGAAAGAUGUUGCGGACGAUUUGAUGAACUUGGUGGCUGAUAUGUUUCAGGCAAUUGGAACCUUUAACCUUUCUGAUUACAUAUGGUUGUUAAAGAGUCUAGACUUACAGGGAGUAGGGAAAAUAGCAAAGAAGCUUCGUGCGAGAUUAGAUGUAAUGAUAGAGAGGAUCAUAAAAGAGCAUGAAGAGGCAAGAGAGCAUGGUGGAGAAAUAAAAGACUUGCUCCACAUUUUACUCGAUAUAGAACAGGAUGAGAGCAUGGAGAUAAAGUUGAGCAGAGAAUACAUUAAAGCCUUCAUCAUGGACAUCCUGCUUGCUGCAACAGACACUUCAGCGGCUACCAUGGAAUGGGGUUUAUCACAACUAAUCAAUCACCCAAAUAUCAUGAAAAAGGCACUUGAAGAAAUCCAUCAAGUUGUCGGUGAAAACAGACUUUUGCAAGAAUCGGACAUACCAAACCUUCCAUACCUCCAAGCAAUUGUUAAGGAAACGUUACGUCUCCAUCCACCUUUCCCAAUGUUUGUAAGAAAAUCAACAGAAGAUUUCAUGGUGGCAGGUUACCAUAUUCCAGCAAAAACUAUAGUUUUUAUCAAUGUGUGGGCCCUUGGCAGAGACCCAAAUCAUUGGGAAAGCCCGCAUGAAUUUCGGCCUGAAAGAUUCCAAGGAAAAGAGAACGAUAUAGAUGUAAGAGGGCAACAUUUUCAUAUGUUACCAUUUGGUAGUGGGAGGAGGAUGUGUCCCGGAAUAUCACUUGCGCAUUUUAUGGUACACACAACACUUGGGACAAUGAUUCAAUGCUUUGACUGGAAGGCUGGCAAAGAUGGAAAUCUAUCAAGUGUUGAUAUGGAAGAGGGGGUUGGGCUCACGCUUACUAAAGCCAACCAUUUGGUAUGUGUCCCGGUGGCUCGUAUUGAUCCUAUCCCAUUAAUGUAACAUGUCAUGCAUAAUGCAUGUAUAACCUUCUAUCCACUCGUCCCCGUGUUAGCAUCUUUACAACUAAUUAAAAUAAGAGGAAAUCACAUCUAUCCAUUUCAUGUAUUAACCUUCUAUCCACUCGUCCCCGUGGUUGUCAAUUGUCUUAAUAGUUGUUGUCUUUAUUUCUUGUUUCUUUUUUAUUUUUGCGGGUUACUCAAAACUUGUUUGGAAUUGCAUCAAAAACAUCACGAAGUGAAAACCGGUGGCUCGGACUUCGUUGAUGAGU